AACUAAUUUUAUAAUAAUUACACUAGAAUGAUCAAUUAUCUAUUAUCACAAAACUGGGUACUGUAUUGGCUACCCUUGUCCGUCGCCUUUACAGUUAUUUACCGCUAUUACACGCGUAAUUUCAACUAUUUCACCAAGAUGGGCGUCAAUGGGCCAAAACCAGUGAUCAUUUUUGGCAAUCUAUGGGAACUACUGUUCACAUCGAAAGACAAGUUAGACAUCAAAAGAGUUAGAAAAUAUGGCAAACUUUUUGGUAUAUUCGAUGGCAACAAACCACUACUGCAAAUAGCGGACCCGGUGCUCAUCAAACAGAUCCUGGUGAAAGACUUUCACAUGUUCACCGACCGGCCCCUUAUAUCCAACGCCUCGCACCCGAUCGCCAACCAAAUGGUGGCGAUGGCCACCCGUGGCUAA